UUUCCCAUGUGACAAUCUUGAACACAUUUGUUAUUUUAAUCAAAUUGGCAGAGAUAAAAUGGGGUAUAAAAGACAGAGUGCAGUAACUAGUGCUGUGGCUCACACUACUUCAUCCAGCUGUUAUAAAAUGCAGGCCAGUCCUAUUCUCCUUUUGGUUGGCUUAGCCUGUGUCUGCCCAGUCUUUGGUGAAAGAGAAAUCCGCGCUAAUGGCACUUUUUCAAACAGAAAGUAUUACAGCUCAAUAAACGUCACUAAUGGAGGACCUUGGGGCGCUUGGACAUGGAUUGAUAUGUGCCCAGAACAUUUCUAUGCUACGGGAUAUAGUGUAAAGGUGGAGGAGUAUCGAGGAGCUAGUGAUGACACUGCACUAAAUGGGAUCCGUUUAUUUUGCAUACAAAUCAACAGUACGAAUAGUGCUGUCUAUACCGUUGAAUCUGAUUCUGGAAAGUUUGGGCAAUGGUCAGGAAUCACUUGGUGUCCAACUGGGUUCCUAACAUCCUUUCAGCUGAAAGUUGAAGAACCCCAAGGAAUUUUAGACGAUACAGCCGCUAACAGUAUCAAAUUCCGCUGUAGCAGUGGUGCUAUCAUAGAAGGAACAGGCGGUAGUUUUGGUGAUUAUGGUGGAUGGAGUAAUUCGUGCACAAGAGGUGGAAUUUGUGGCAUUGAAACCAAACAGGAACCAUACCAUAAUAUUUUUAUUGAUGACACAGCACUCAAUGAUGUUCGUUUCUUCUGUUGUGACUGA